AUUUCUUCCGGGGUAGCAUCAGGCUUAUCAUCAGACCCCAAAAUCAGGGCAGUCCAACGCAGACAACAAAGAAGUUUCAGAGCUCGGCGAGCAGUCCUUGAUCAUGGCUUCGCGUUCUCUGUUCCUCACUCUCAGGCGGAUAUGCAGAAUCAGCAACACCAGCGACACUAACAACAUUCAGUAUCUAUCGGCCUUUGAGGGAGGGACUGUGCGUAGAUGUCUUUCUACGGAUGCAGGGAGGAGCGAAAUCGAGGAUGAGGAAGCAAUUUUUAUGGAGAAAGAUGAUUUGAGAAGCAGAAUCUUCAGGUUGAGGCUACCUAAGCGAAGCGCCAGCAAUGUGAUCCAGAGAUGGGUCAGCGAAGGGAAGCCAGUGACGAUCUUCGAGCUCCGUCAGAUAUCCAAGGAUCUCCGGAAGUCUCAGCGUUACAAGCACGCUCUCGAGAUAUCAGAGUGGAUGGUUUCUCAUGAAGAAUUCGAGGUGUCAGAUUCAGAUUAUGCAGUCCGUAUUGACUUGAUGACGAAAGUUUUUGGUAUUGAUGCUGCUGAACGCUACUUUGAAGGUCUACCCCUCACAGCAAAAACCAGUGAAACCUACACAGCUCUUCUCCACUCGUAUGCCAGGGCAAAACUGACAGAAAAGGCUGAGGAGCUUUAUGAGAGAAUUAAGGGUUUAGACAUUUCCUUUAGUGCUCUUACAUACAAUGAGAUGAUGACUUUAUAUAUGUCAAUGGGGCAGGUGGAGAAGGUUCCUUCAGUUGUUGAAGAGCUGAAACGGCAGAAGGUUGCCCCAGAUAUGUUCACCUACAAUCUAUGGAUAAGUUCAUGUGCUGCAACUUUGAACAUUGAUGAAGUGAGAAGGAUUCUAGAUGAAAUGAGUAAUGACUCUGGUUCUGAUGAAAGUUGGGCAAGAUACAUCAACCUAGCCAAUAUAUAUGUCACUGCAGGUCAUCUUGUGAAUGCAGAGUCCAACACUAUGAUUGGAGCUGGAGCUGAGAAAAGUAUCACCCAAAGAGAAUGGAUAUCAUAUGACUUCCUUAUUAUUUUGUACACAGGAUUAGGAAACAAGGAUAAGAUUGAUCAGAUAUGGCAGUCCUUGAGAAUGACUAAACAGAAGAUGACUAGCAGAAACUUCAUUUGUAUUCUUUCUUCAUAUUUGAUUCUUGGUCAUAUGAAAGAAGUGGAAGAUGUUAUUGAUCAAUGGAAUCAAUCUACUACAACUGAGUUUGAGAUAUCAGCCUGUAAUAGGCUUUUGGAUGCUUUUAGAGCCAUUGGGUUGACAGAAGAAGCCAACAACUUCCACAUGAUUCUGAUUCAGAGGAACUACAUCCCAGACAGUGAAUUGAAGACAGACCAUGCCAUACUGUGACAAAGAAACUAGUGAGUGAGAACACUUAGACUGUGUUUGGGUGCCCUCCAGAGAAAAUAAUAACAUUUGGAAUUUUGCAGUUGCAGGGCUUGCAGCACUUGUUGGCUAAUUUGAAACAUCUAGCUAAUCUGUUAUGGUGUUAUUGAUGCUCUUCAACUUCGAAGGCUGCUUUCUUGAGACUUGAACUCCACCUUUUCUCAAGGUUUUGAUUUCUUUAUGUGAUCUCAACUGAAAUUGUUCGGCCACGCACUUCCUUAGUGGUCAAAUGCUGAUUUUACAGUUUUGAAAAAGAUGAAGACAAUGCCUAACUUAGAUUCUAUGGAAAGAAAUAACUGCUUGUUUUUCUGCUUUAUGGUAUAUUUUAUUGAUUCUGAGAGUGGUCAAGGAGACAAGGAAUGCCUUUACGCCUCGUCUGCUUAUGCUUAGCCUUAAUAAAUGGCUGGGGUUGUAAUGGCUUUUACUUGCCAAACAGAAGUUGUGUUGUGGUUUCCCCAAGCAAUGAAUCUGCUGUCAACAUUCAAUUUUUUUUCCUCCCUA